UUGAACCCACAUCACCCCAAGGCAACAGAGAUAUGUCUCACAAAUGACAGCUUGCAAAUGGAGGAGUAAGAGGUGCUGAGAUCACGUAUAUACACAGUGGGAAGUCAAGGAUCUCGACUUGUGUGUGGAUCUUUGUUUAUUGUCUGACAUCCAGCAAUUUCAAUUAGGAAACUGGAACUAUCUGCAGAAAUGGGGGCGAAUUCAGAUUUUAACGUAGUGUUCUCUACAUGUGUGGUCACCAAACACAAAGUGAUUGGAUCUAUCCUUAUGCUUUUGACUUCUCAAACAAUGUACACUUAGAUGUUGUGAAAUGAAGCUUAAAGAAAGAACAACUCGUGACUGGUCUGAUUUUGUUGGCUCUUACAGUUUUUAACACAAAACUUUUCAGAGCAAGCAUUUGGCCUUGCACAAGAACGAUUUGUCAAUUGCUAACAUAAGACAUUUCACCCUGAUCCUGUCAAUCAAGAAACAAAAAUGAAGAUCUAUUCUGUUUGCCAAAGGAACAUUUGGAUCAUUAACCAAAAGGCAAAAUGAACUAUCAUUACAUGUUUCAUCUGCCAGUUAACUAAAUUCUAAGAUUGAGAAUGUUAUGUCCAAGGAGAAAAAAGCAAGCCAAUAUUAAUGACUCUACGACCAUCGCUGUUCCGUCUAUGAAAGGACAUGGCUACCUGGAUUACACUAUUGAAAACCAUUCUUCCAAGUCCUUUGAAAAAAUGGAUGAGCUCAGAAGGAAUAACCAGCUCUGUGAUGUUCUUAUAAAGGUUUCCCACAAUGGUCAAGUGGAAGAUUUCCAUGUGCAUAGAGUCGUACUUGCUUCAUGCAGCUCCUUUUUCAGGGCCAUGUUCACCAAUAACUUUCGUGAGUGCAAUGCCAGAGAAGUCACUAUCAAAGAUAUUUGCCCAUUUGUGAUGCAACGCUUGAUAGAAUUUGCCUACACUUCCAGGAUCACAGUUGGGGAGAAGUGCGUUUUACAUGUACUCUUGGCAGCCAUGAGGUAUCACAUGGAAGAUGUAGCUAAAGCUUGCAGUGACUUCCUCGUUAAGAACCUAGAUGCUAGCAAUGUCAUUGGAAUUUCCAAUUUUGCAGAGCAGAUUGGGUGCACAGAGCUGUACAAUAAAGGAAGAGAAUAUAUCAGUAUGCAUUUCUGUGAGGUAACAAAGGAAGAAGAAUUUUACAAUUUAACGCAUUGCCAACUAUUAGAUCUGGUCAACCAAGAAAACUUAAAAGUGCUGUGUGAGACAGAGGUUUACAAUGCUUGUCUAAGGUGGAUGCAGUGGGAUUUGUGUAACCGAGCGCAGUAUUUCCAUGUCUUGCUCAAUGCCGUUCGGAUUUAUGCACUGCCAGCAAAAUUUUUAGCAGUACAACUACAGCACUGUCCGAUUCUCAAUAGAGAGAUUUCUUGUAGAGUUUAUCUGUCCAAGAUUUUCCAGGAAAUGUCUCUACAUAAACCUCUUCCCAGUACAAGGCAGCGAGGCACCCAGUUAAUUUAUGUGGCAGGUGGAUACCUCCAGGUCUCGCUCAACUCUAUGAAUGCUCAUAAUCCACAGACUGGAGAAUGGAUCAAACUUUCCAACAUGUUGGGGCCAAGAAGUGGGCUUGGAGCCUGCAUUGUUUUUGGUCUGUUUUACGCAGUUGGCGGGAGGAAUCAUUCUUCCAUUGACAAUACAGAUUCAAAUUCCUUAGAUUGCUUCAAUCCUGUAACAAACCAGUGGACUGCUAGAGCUCCGAUGAAUGUUGCCAGAAAUCGUGUUGGCGUAGCUGCUUUAGAUGGUUCUAUUUAUGCAGUUGGAGGCUCUUGUGGAUCUGAACACCAUAACAGUGUUGAAAGGUAUGAUCCUGACUCUGACACAUGGACAUUUAUUGCCCCCAUGUCUGUUUCACGAAUUGGGGCCGGAGUGACAGCUUGUAGAGGACUUUUGUUUGUAGUUGGUGGAUAUGAUGGGGAAACACGUCUGAACAGUGUUGACUGUUAUAAUCCUGAUUGUGAUGAAUGGCGUCCAGUGGCACCCAUGGAAACCAUCCGAAGUGGGGCAGGUGUGGUCGCUCUGGACAACUAUGUGUUUGCUGUGGGAGGUUAUGAUGGAAACAAUCAGCUGAAUAGUGUAGAGCGCUACAACAUUGACCAGAAUUGCUGGGAGACUGUUACUCCUAUGAGACACAGACGAAGUGCCCAUGGGCUGACGCUGUACCAAGGAAAGAUAUAUGCUAUUGGUGGCUUUAAUUCUGAAGGGUUUCUCUCUUCUAUUGAGUGUUACUUCCCUGAAAGUAAUGAAUGGACGGACUUGGCAGAGAUGCCUGUAGGAUGCAGUGGUAUGGGGGUCGCCGUAACAAUGGAGCCAUGCCAAGAAAAUAUUGAUGAUCCCGAAGAGAUGUGAUAAACAGUAUCAAGCUGUACAGAUCAAACUCCGUGGCAACAUAUUUUGCAUUAAAGCAGUACAGAAAUAAAGCUUGGAUCAUGUUUCGCAAGCUGAUUAGACCUAGGUUUAAUGGUCAUUCCUCAAUCUUUUCUUGACUCCAAAAUUGAUUGCAAGAUCCAUUAUAGAUAUAGGAGUUACCAGUGCAUGCAUGCUUCCCAGCUGUGCCAGAUCAAGCCUAAAAACACUUUUUGACGUCUGUUUUUCCAGGUUUUUUUAAAUUUUUUUUAUCUGUUGUCCCUUUUUUUUGUUCCACGUUAAAAAUGCAACAAGAGUGCAUAACUAAAUAUGUUAAGUGCAGGAAAAGAUAAUUUCAGAAGAUCUCUUCCCAUGAGAGAGGCUUUCAGCUGUACUUUGAACAUAAGUCUAUCUUGCCAGGCUGCCUGUCAACAUCCCCAUUAUGGUCAGACAUGUCACCAAUUUAAUGGAGUUGAGGACAUAUUUAGACACUAAAACCUGCUCUUUAUAUACUAGUAUAAACUGGCAGCACUUUAUUUGCUGGGGAUUGAUUGUGUUAUAUGGAAAACAGCAAUUCCUGUUGUCCUCCCUAUUCAUUCACAUAAUACACAGUUAAGCCUCUUUAUAAACACAUCUCUCCAGUGCCAGGAAAACAA